UAUAAUAUCUAUUUCCUCCGUUUUCUCUCAAGGGAAAGCAAGGGGGGCAUCAGGAUUUUAGAGGUGAUUAGGUGGGGCAUGGCCAAAAAAAGGUUGGGAACCACUGGACUAGACUGCAGCAACAGGAAGGAACUGCAGAUCAAAGAUCCUAUAGGAUAGUCAUAGAGUGACAGUGUGGCAACAGGGCCUUUGCCCCAACGUGCCCACACCAGCCAAUAUAUCCCAGCUACACUAGUCCCACUCAAACAUUAUAUAGCGGAGCACUUUUUUUGGCUAGACAUGUUUCAAUAUCUCCGGCUUUGGACGAGGUGCUGCUGUGGUCUGAGCAACCUGGUCGUGGUUGUUGAAGAGCCGGGGCUGCUGAAAGAGUGUCGCAUAGCACAUCCAGUAGUGAAAUGCACAUAUUGCAGAACUGAAUUCCAACAAGAAAGCAAAACCAACACAAUAUGCAAGAAAUGUGCACAGAAUGUGAAGCAAUUUGGAACACCCAAGCCCUGUCAAUAUUGUAACAUUAUAGCAGCCUUCAUUGGCACUAAGUGUCAACGUUGCACAAAUUCUGAAAAGAAGUAUGGGCCUCCACAGACUUGUGAACAGUGCAAACAGCAGUGUGCCUUUGAUCGAAAAGAUGAGAGUCGGCGAAAGGUAACGGAAGUUGAUGGGAAAUUGUUGUGUUGGCUCUGUACACUUUCCUACAAGCGUGUUCUGCAGAAAACAAAAGAACAGAGGAAAAACUUAGGUUCACACUCCUCGUCAUCUUCAGCUUCACUGCCUGAGAAAGACCUCUCAAAACAUCACCACAGUAGUAGUCGUCACAAAAUCAGUAGCCUAAGUCCAGAGCAGCAGCAUGGAGUUUGGAAAAUGAGCCAUAAGUCAUCAUCCAGUAUUCAAAAUGAAGCUCCAAAGAAGAAGCCAAAACUUGAAACAAAACCCUCGAAUGGAGACAGCAGCUCAUUGACCCAGUCAAUGGACUCUGGUGGGACCGACAACUUUGUUAUAAUCAACCAAUUAAAAGAAGAAGUGAUGUCUCUGAAAAGGCUUCUGCAGCAAAAAGAACAGACCAUCUUGGAAAGAGAUAGAAAGCUGACUGAGUUGAAGGCAGAUUUUCAAUACCAAGAAUCCAAUCUGAGAACAAAAAUGAACAACAUGGAAAAAGCUCAUAAAGAUGUGGUGGAACAGCUACAGGCCAAAAAUCGAGAAUUGUUGAAACAGGUUGCAGCAUUGUCCAAGGGUAAAAAGAUGGAGAAGAGUGGAAACAUCCUGCUGUCUCCUUGAGUUCCUUGGUGGGUCCAUCGUGCAAGUGAGAGUAACAGCUGCCAUGUUUGUUGAAAUUUACUGUGAAGCCUUUAAAUAUUUUUGCACCCUGAUUGUUUUCAAAGUACUUGGAUAUGGUCUUUUUUAAAUAUUUUUAACCAGCAAUAAGAACCAGGGUUGUCCUAUUUAAACAUGUGAUAGGCCUGAUAUUGAAUCCGUUUUAUAAUCUUGAAAUUGACCAUUUAAAAAAAGACGUGGAAUGAAAAGUAAUAGAAAUGCUUCAGCAUAUUAUUACUUCCUGCUGAAAAUUUCUCUUUAAUGCAAUAAAACAGUAAAAUGAGUCGCAUUUAGCAAAGUUCAUUGUUACGAUCUUAUAGGAAGACAUUUAUUUUAGAGGUCUGACAAAAUAUUUCUUCCAUCAAAAUUGCUUUAAUCCUGAAUAUAAGUAAUUUAAUAGAAAUCGGGGGGAACAUUAAUUGGCAGUGCAAAUUUGAUUUAUUUGUGGAGCAUUGGGAAUGACUUCAACCUGCUAAGUUGUAGAAGGAUAUAAUUUAUGUAGAUAUGAAUUAAUAUGUAAAAUGGUAUGUUGUAAAUGAUGAUCUGCCUGGAGCUGCUUUUCAUUUGGAAAAUAUUGUUCGCAAAUGACGGAAUAAUGAACACUGGAUUUUUCUGAUAAUCUAUCUCAAAAUGAGAUUUGAAUGAGUAGGCACUCCUUUGCAGCAGGAUUUUGUUUUUCACUAUAAAUAGCAAAUUUCUUUGGAGAGAUAGCAAUAAAAGUUGAUUUUAUCGCGAGGUAUUGCAAAAUUACAAACUAAUGUUGGGUUUGAAAAAUCUAGGAACUCGGAUGGCACAAGCAGCUUGUUUGUUUUCUCCAAACUUUAAUUUGGAAGAGCAUCUCCUGGAUAACACACAAGUUAUUUCAAUCCAUCAGUAGAUGCAUUUGUAACAUUUACAAAACCUUUUUCUUAUCAUAUACCUUCUGCUUAUUAUUUUCCAUGUUAGUCAAUUUAUGGUAAAUGAACAGAAUAAUUUUGUCUUCAAACAUCAACUUAUCAUUAUUGGUGUGUAAUACAAGUUUUUUGUUUUUGAAUGAAGCUUAUAGAAUGGACAAAACUCCUAAUUGUUUUGUGGUGGAACUGUAGUGCCUUAGGGAAAUUAGCUAUAAGGUGUACAUCCCAUUAAAGGGGAAAAAGUUGAACAUUUUUGGAAUAGAUGUUUUUAAAAAUUGCUUUCAAUGAUCUGUGAUUCAAAUUAUACAGUUAAAUAUCCCAUUAAAUAAUUAGAAUAAUCUUAUAAUGGUAAGGCAUUUUAACACACAAUAACCAACAGUUCUCAAAUCUCUUUCAUAACACAGUUAAGUGGUGAACUAUCACUUUUAAACAAUUAUUUUGCUAUUCUGUAUAUAGCAAACCAUAAAUUGUGUAUAAAGAUAAGUUUGUACAAUUUUUUUAAAUUCAGCUUUUUAAAUAAAUAGGUUUUUAUGUAAAGGUGCUUUUAAAUAACAGAAUCAACUUCAUUGUUAAACAUAGCCUGUUUUAUUGUAUUUAUUUGAAAACAAUUCAAAUUUUUUAAAUUAAAGAUUUUUAAAAACAUUUUGUACCAUACAUUUUUAAAUUGCCCAAAUAUAAAAACUUGAAAUAACGUAGUGAUGUAAGUAGCAAAAAAAGAUCUACAGCACUCAUUUGUACUUUUGACUCUUGAUAGUCAACAGAAUGCUGUUAAGAUUUUUACGUACAAAGCUUAAACCUGCUGUUUAUGCACAGUAACCCUCUACAUUUUGAUUUAAUUCAGAUUUUUGUUGUAAUAUUAAUAACACUCUACCUGUGUCUCGUAUUCUGGCAACACAAGAGCAGGCCUUGUUUUCUUGACGAGACAUAAGAUGCUGGAAACUUGAGCAAAAAAACUAACUGCUGGAACAACUUGGUGAGCCAGACAGCAUGGGUGAAGGGAAAUGGAUAGACAACAUUUCAGGUUGGGACCCUUCUUGAAGAGUUUCAAACUGAAACGUUGAGUAUUCAUUUCCCUCCUUAUUUUCUUGAGUGGUAUUCUCCACCAGCAAAAGGUUGCGCUCUGGCCCAUAAAAACCUAUGCAUCUAAUACAUAUUAAAUGUCAAUUAUAUCAUCUUUGCUAAAUGCACGAAAUAAUAGUUAAAACAUUACAAUGUCUCAGGCUGAUGCGAUAUUACUACUUGAUAAUGUUGCAGUGUUGUUCAAAAACAGGCUUUAAAGCAUCCAGCAUAACUUCCAUAUGGGAUCAUUAUAGAAUUAUGAGUAUCAUGUAACAAGAGUAACAUUUUGUCUGAAUGCUCUUGGUUUCAUAUUGAUAUGGAAGUAUUUGCUAGCAUAUUUUACCAUUAACCCUAGACAUGAAUUAUCUUUGGUAGAGGUGUUUGAAUAUUUGAUAAAAUGUAAGCGUGUUUGGUAAGGUAGAUCGAUUUGUUUUUUUUCUGAAAAAAUAUUUUACAAAAGUUGGUAGAAUAGAAUUAGAAUGUGAUUUAAUUCCACAUGUUAAUUGUCAAUGACCUCCACCAGUAACAGUGCCUUGUCAUUCUGCGGUUAUCAAAUUUGGCGUUUAUUUUAGGGCUGUAGUACAAUUUGUUGUGAAAUUCUGUUGAAACAUCAGUGUACAAUUUCAAAAAAAUGUUUUCUUUGCUGUAGGUACUUCCAUAUUACAAAACAUUGUUUAAUCAUGUAAAUAUGCAUUUUCACUGAGACUAUAAUUUCAGUUCUGUUUAAUGUAUGACAGAUUAUAUUUCAUAUUUGAGCUACAGAUGUGUACAGUGUCAAUGUGAAAUGGGUGCAUAGAAUUCAAAGGCUUCACAGUAUUUAAUUCAAAAUGAUCAAUUUUAAUCAUGUGCUGAAUUUUAAUACAGUUUUUAUUUGUUUAUACCUCCAUUUAUUACUUGAAAAGUUUUAAGUUGUAAAAUAGCCUGAGAUGUUUUCUUGCAACAAUAGACAUAGACUUAUGCUUAUUUUUAUUUUAUUUGGAAAUAAAUCUUCUGUAUGUGGUGAAACUGCAAGGUAAAAUUGUACUGUACUUCAUGUGUAUGUAACCAUAAAAACAAGUGUUUUUUUUUAAUGGUAUAGGAUUUAAGUCUAAGCUGCCAGUUGUAUAUUUCAAAAUCUCAGAACUCACCUUGUUAUUUCCUGUGUGUCCUGGUUAAGGAACUAAAUGCAUUAAAAUGCUUGGAAUGUUUUCCUCCGAAUUUGUAACUGUACACAGGAAUAGAUUGAAAUCUGUAAUCAUAAGUUGGUCAACAACUGAAUUUUUAUACUUGUUCUUUUUAAAAUCUUGACAAUUUGAAAUAAAUCUUCUUAAAUA